AUGAAGGUGAUGCUUGAUACUGGUGCAAAUCGAACCUUUAUUUCAAUCAAAGCAUUACAUCCUUUAACUAGUAAACAAUUUGUUAAUAAAUCAUAUAAAUGUGUAAUUUUAGCAGAUGGUAAUACUUCUCUUUUUAUUCUUGGCACAUGGGACUUAUCUAUUAUUAUGGGAGAUAUGUUAACUUCUAUUCAAGCAUUUGUUGUUAAAGAGUUAUGUGCUGCUUGUAUAUUAGGCAUGGAUUUUAUUAAUAAAUAUAAACUAAUCAUUAACACGGAAGAACAGAUGGUAUCAAUAUGUAAUAAACAUCAACGUACAACAUUAAAAUUUGAUCUCAAUCAAGGAGAUAUUAGUUAUCCGACACGUUUAAUUAAUGAUAUUCGAAUUCCACCAAAACGAACAGUGGUAGUUCCUGUAUCUGUUAGAGUAUCAUCAGCAAAAGUGUUAUUUCGUCCAUCUUACAAAUUACAACAACGAUUACCUAUAUUAAUGUUAAAUUCUUCAUUAACUGUUCAUCGUCAUACGUCAUUUAUUUCAUUAUAUAAUCCGACAAAUUACCUUUGUUCAUUACCAAAAGGUAUUAUAUUGGGAACAACUACUAUUCCUACAUUAUCCUUUAAAAGAAAUCUAAUUAUUGAUCAUCAAUUAGUGAAUAGGAAUAUUAUAAGUUUCAUUCAACACAUUGCCGAUCAUGAACAACAGGAUAAAGUUAGAAUCAUCCUCAAUCAAUUUGCAAAAUUAUUUGAUACUAGUAAAUCUUCAAUUGCAACUGGUGUGAAACCGCAUGCAAUAAAAACUCUCGAUCAUCCUCCACCAACAUCUAAACCAUUUUAUACUACUCCAAGUAAACAAGAAGAAAUGUACAAAAUAACACAAGAAUUAUUACAUUUUGGUUUAAUUCGUCCAUCUUAUUCACCUUAUGCAGCACCUGCAUUACUUGUACCCAAACAUGAUGGUACUUGA